UAUAGGGCAGCUGUUCAGAUGAAUGCGCAACAUUUUGGUUAGUCUACAGACUUGUCAUUUCUUCCUCUUCAUAGAUUUUGCCUUCUGCUCUGACAUUGUGCAAGGUCCUCAGAAUGUGACGGUUCUCGCCGGUUCCGAUGCCAGCUUCAUCUGCACUGUAAAGGCUGGAUGGAAGACCAUUUCCUGGUAUCUGAAAGGAACUUUUGUUGCCUCCAUAAGCCCUACAGGUACUGUUGUUAGUGACGGGCAAAUAGUCAUACAGACCAACACAAAUAAUAUCACUGGAGAAUUCACCACCGAAAUGAUCAUUAUCAAUGUGCAAAAGAACAACGCUGGGACCGUUGGGUGCAGCAGCCUCUCUUCAUUGACUCAGGAAGCCUACCUCAUGGUUCAAGUAAAAGGAUCGGUCCAGGUAGCCGGUGGCAGCUCCGUCACUGUGGCCCCCAACACCACAGUAAGCAUCUCCUGUGAGGCUUCAGAAUGGUACCCCGCUCCUACCAUCACCUGGAAUAUAAACAACACAGUUGCAAGUACUAUAUAUUACAUUACUGACUUCACUACGGGGACUGAUGACUUCGUAAGUGCAGUGAGCACCUUCACCAUUACCCUAAUGGCAGAUACAAAUUUAACCUGCCUGGCAAAAGUACAGGCGCUGGAUCCACCCCUGUCCACAAUGGUGACCAUAGCAGUACAGGAACAAGUAGGUACUAGCUCCGGCUUGAGCCAAACCACCAUUAUCCUCAUUGCGGUCUUUGCAUCGAUUGGAGGCCUCCUGCUCCUGGCUGUCAUUAUCGCCCUAAUUGUAAUAUUUUGCUGCAAGAAGAAAAAGAAAGCGACCGGCUAUCAAAGUGAUAUACGGAGAGCACCACAGCGGGAUUUCAGUAAUAUCCGAACCAUUGACAGAGUCAGCCUUGGAGAACCUAAUUUCGCAUACACACCAGAUCUUCCAUCAGCAGCACCAAGUUUUCGAUCAAAUCGCAGUGACUCGGCCUUCUCCGAGACAACAGUAACUCCAAGAAGCAGUUCAUCACAGGUUGUUGGACUGGAAAGAACUGAUAACCAUUCGAAGAAAACCAGACAUGUUACACAUGUAUGACGUCAUCCCUGGGGACGUGAUUGCAGCUACAUUUCCUUGCAGACUGAAUUCAAUAAACCGAUCCUGUCCACAUGAAUGAAUAUGGAUUUAAAGAAGGCUCUAAAGAAAAUGUAAACAUUUCCAUGUUGAAUCCCAGAUAAAAGAUUUUUUUUAAAGUUU